AUGUUUGCCAAAAACAACAUACCCUCAGCCCAAACAGUUAUGUCAACAGUAGCUUCAUUUGCUGCUUCAGCCAUGGUUAUUCAAACAGUAGCUCGUAACCUAUUACCAUAUGAACUUAAAGCUUAUAUCUUCAACAACAUAAGUAAGUUUUUCAAAUCUUUUUCCUUUCAGAUAACUUUAAUCAUCGAAGAAUUCGACGGUUUAACGAGAAAUCAGAUAUAUAGAGCUGCUGAAAUUUAUUUAGGUACCAAAACCUGUUCUUCCAUGAAGCUUUGUAAGGUAAGCAUGGGUGAAAAGGAGACUAAGAUUGUUGUUUCCAUGGCCAAAAACCAAGAAACUGUUGAUGUUUUUGAUGGGGUGAAGUUCAAAUGGAGACAAGUUACAAGACAAGUUGAGUCGAAAAACGUUGUGUUUCAAGGUCAGUCUUCGAAUGUUCGGUCCGAAAAACGAUCUUUCGAGCUUAGUUUCCAUAAGAAACAUAAGGAGAAGGUUUUGGAUUCGUAUUUGCCUUUCGUGUUGAAAGAAUCUAAGCGUUUAAUGGAAGAGAAAAAGACAUUGAAGCUACAUACUUUGGGUAAUGAUCAUAUGAGAAGAUACGUUGGUGGAGCUGAAACAUGGCAACCGAUCAAACUCGAUCACCCUGCGAAUUUCGGAACACUGGCAAUGAAUACUGAGCUCAAAGCAACGAUAAUGGAAGACCUUGAGAGGUUUGUGAAGAGGAAAGAUUAUUACAGGAGAGUAGGGAAGGCAUGGAAACGAGGGUAUUUGUUGUAUGGCCCUCCUGGUACCGGCAAAUCGAGUUUGAUUGCCGCGAUGGCAAAUUAUCUCAACUUCGACAUUUAUGACUUGGAACUCACUGAUAUUCAUACAAACUCUGAUCUUCGGAGAGUACUCAUCGCAACUGGAAACCAAUCGAUACUCGUAGUCGAGGAUAUCGAUUGCGGCCUUGAGUUGCAUGAUCGGCAAACCGAGCCACAACCCAAUGUUGCUAUCAAGCCAAAGAGAUCAAGCCAAGUGACACUAUCUGGAUUGCUGAAUUUCAUCGACGGACUUUGGUCAAGCUGUGGAGACGAGAGGAUCAUAGUGUUCACAACGAACCAUAAAGACCGGUUAGACCCGGCUCUAUUACGGCCGGGUCGGAUGGAUGUUCAUAUCCAUAUGUCGUACUGCAGCCCUAGUGGUUUCGACACAUUGGCAGUUAAUUACCUUGGGGUAAAUGAUCAUCACUCUCUUAUGUCCAUAACCAGAGAGCUGUUGGCUAAAACAUCAGUGACACCUGCAGAAGUUGGUGAGCAGUUACUUAAGAAUGCGGAUCCUGAAGCUGCAUUGAAACGCCUAAUUGACUUCCUCCAACAAAAGGUAAAGGAAGAAGAUGAACUUCAAGUAAGUGAUAAAUCGUAA